UUGAAUUUCAAAUGGUGGUAUUAAUAUUUUUCUUGGAGAGUAUUUUUCUGCCCACACGAGGACGGUCACUCUGAUUCGAGAAUUGCGGGAAACAUGGACAGCGAUCUGAAAGCCAAGGUCGAGAGCUGCGCCCGUACGGCGGACACCUUUACGCGCCUGUACUACGCCUCUGUGGACAACCGACGCCAACAAAUUGGACGCCUCUAUUUGGACAAUGCUACGCUUAGCUGGAAUGGGAACGGGGCCACCGGUCGCCAGAUGAUAGAGAGCUACUUUCGGGAGCUGCCAUCCUCCAAACACCAGUUGAACACCCUGGACGCCCAGCCUAUUGUGGAUCAGGCUGUGUCCAACCAGCUGGCCUACCUAAUCAUGGCCAGCGGCUCCGUCAAGUUCUCAGAUCAGCCAUUACGCAAAUUUCAGCAGACUUUCAUCGUGACCGCCGAGAACGAAAAAUGGAAGGUCGUCUCCGAUUGCUACCGACUGCAGGAGGUCUGAGAACCACUCACUUGUUGUAUUUUAAGCUAAGCUAAAGAUCUUACGCCGUAACGAGUUUAUUUACAUUUUUAAGCUCUUAUAAAUAGAUUCACUUCCUA